UCUAUAUCUAGGCUACAUGAAGCUCAUCACCAUCAUUAUGUUUCUACAGAUUCUAUUUAUGGCUGUUAGUUGCUAUGCUGCCUCUUUCUUAAAGGAGCCAGCUCCUACUACAAAUGCUGUUAUAAAUGGAAGUGCAAAGAUAGACUGUGUUAUUACUGGAUACAAAUGGAAAGUUCCAUUUUGGAUAAUUAAUGGUACACAGUACUACCCAAAAAGCAAGAGAAAUCCUUUACCGGCUGGUGCAAGCACUCUUUCUAAUCACAGUGUGUUAUUGAUUGAUCCAGUGUCAAUGGCAUGGAACAAUACUUCAUUUCAAUGUCGAAUUUUAGGAAAAAAUAUAAAAUCAAGUAUUGGCUAUUUAUUUGUUUACUAUCCAGACGAUCUUGGGAUGCUUGAUAGCUCAACUGUAAAACAUGUUAUAAGCAGUUCACUAGCUGUUCCAUUGACAAAGAAAUCUUGCUAUAAAUCUACUAUGCCCAUUGAAGUAGAAGCAUCACUAAAUGAUUUGUCUUUACAUUAUGUGCCAACUUCUGUUGACUAUGAGCUGUCUAUUUCAUCAAGUUCCAUGUAUUCAAUGUCUGAAGGAAGUCUUAAUUCUGAAAUUGAACAGACCCAAGGGACCAAUGGUGUUGACCAUGUUGAUAUGAGAUUUGUUUAUGUUAUCACUCCUGUAUUAGUAACAGGCACAUGUCUCUUUAUUGUUGUGACUUUGGGGAUUUCAUUGAGAUGCUAUUACAUCAAAAAAGUGAAAAAGAAAAACACAGCAACUUCAUCUAAUGAAGAGCAUGCUAUUUCCAGAAAUGAGCCAUUCCUCUCUUCAAUUCAGAGGGAUGAAGUACAUCAUAAUCCAGCAUAUGGCAUAGUAGAAAGAAGAACAGGGAUUAUGUGUAUCAACCAAGCUUAUGGUUUGGUUACUGGACACAAUGAUGAAUCCAGAUUGAGGCACAAUCCAGCUUAUGGUGUGAUCAGACUUUAAAUUUAGUGUAUGAAGUUACUGUUGCCCAUUAUAAUAUUUUCUGUCAAGUUAACAAUGCUAAAUAUAGAUCUAAGAUUAGUUAUAUGCAGAGAUUUAUAAAUGCAUCAAAUUUUUCUUAGGUAUUAUAUUUGGACUAAAAAUGACUUACUAAGUGUUUCAGAUAAGGAUAGAGUACCUAUUGACGUAUUAUUGGUGUCUGGUAGCUUACAACAAGGCCUUAGUGUUGUUCUUACAUGUGAAAUUGAAAGUUCUCAAGGCAAAUUUGCCAAUGUUUCCUAGCUUGCAGCAUUUUCAAUAUGGUAUAUCUGAACUGUCAGUGGUGUUUAACUCUACUCAGCUAGCACUUCCCUUUAACCUAACUGUUCAGCUUUUUGCAGUUGAUACUUUAAUGGCAUCACAAGUCAACAUGGCUUUUGGUAUAAAAAGAACAAACAUUGUACUCGAUCCUCUAACAACAGCGUCAAGCAUGACUUUGACAAAAACUAGCUCUAGUACUCCUGGAUUAACAGUGAUGACAACUUCCAUGAUGGAGUCAAGAAGUUCUACAAUCCAGUCAACAGUCACUUCAUCAACAACAAUGACAACAAGCACUCCUGUUGUAUCUUGUCCAGUUAACAGUUCAGGCACAAUCACAAACAAUUUAUAUUUAAUAUUAGUUUUAGCCAUAGCUGCAGCUUAUUUGUAUUAACUUUAUGCAGAUCUAUAUUAUUAGCUUUUCUAUAAUGAUAGUCUUGUAAUCAUAAA